AUGAAAACCGUACUCUGCUUCUUCCUGCUUUGUACUUCGUUGCUGUUCCCUGUUGCUGCUGUUGAGGACCAGGAGAUUCCACAGGAGCUGAUAGACAGACUUGCUCGCAGUGAAAUCCACAGCCUCAGCGACCUCCAGCGGCUCUUGGAGUUAGACUCCGUAGGUACGGGGAAUGAGGUCGUGGAGGAGAGCAAACACAAACACCACAAGAAUCAUUCACACCACCAUGGCUUCUCCGAUUUAAAGAAUUCACAGACUUACCGCAGACGCAAGAGGAGCGUGGCUCACGUGGAGGAGGCGGUCCUGGCGGCAUGUAAGACGCGGACGGUGAUCUAUGAGAUCCCGCGCAGCCAGGUCGAUCCAACCGCUGCAAACUUUCUCAUAUGGCCGCCGUGUGUGGAGGUGAAACGCUGCACCGGCUGCUGCAACACCGGAAAUGUGCGUUGUCAUGCCUCCCGCAAACAGCACCGCACAGUGAAGGUGGCAAAGGUGGAGUUUGUGAGGAGGAAACCGAAGUUUAAGGAAGUCUUGGUGAGAUUAGAGGAUCACCUGGAGUGCGUGUGUACGUCGCAGCAUCACGUGGUGGAGCACUCAGAGGCAGACACAGGCCACCGUACGGUCAAAGGUAAAAAACGAAAACACCGCAAAGUAAAGUUCAACAAGGAUUUAUUUGCGACGUAAUAAAACACUCACACAUUGCCCUAAAGUCCGCCGGACCCGUGUUUGACAGCAGGUAGGACUUUGGCACGACCCAGCCCCUUUUAAUCACC